UCCGUUCCGCCACCAUGUUCUUCAACAAGUAUUUCCACAAUGCCGCCGACUCCAGAGUGGGAAAAAUGUUCCCGUACGUUCUGCAAGACAAAGAGACGGCCAUCCGGCGCUCCCUCGAGGACACCCACUCCCCCACCCCUCGCUUGAGAAGAACCAUCACCACCCCCCAACAGUCGCCGUCGCCGCCGGACACGCCCCCGAGGUCCCCCAAGCCCAAGAAGGAGUCCAUCUUCGACUUCAAGUCAGAAGCGGCGAAGAAGGUGGAACUCAUCGCGAAGAGCCGCGACGAGCGGCGCCAGAAGCUGGCCGACGAGAAGGCCAUAAGAGACCAGAUCGGGGUGCACGAGCACACCAACCCCUACUACGAGUUCGCGCGGAUGAUCCAGGAGUUUAAGAGCACGCUGGAGUUUCACCCUCUGAAGGAGACAGACGGCGUGGUGGAGAACCAGAUCACGGUGUGUGUGCGGAAGAGGCCGCUGAACGCGCGCGAGAAGAACCGGAACGAGGUGGACGUGGUCACCGUGCCCACGAAGAACCAGAUGGUGGUCCACGAACCCAAACACAAAGUCGAUUUAACCAAGUAUUUAGACAACCAGCACUUUCGGUUUGACUACGUCUUCGACGAGAGCUGCAGCAACGAAACCGUGUAUAGAUUCACGGCGCAGCCUUUGGUGAAGACCAUCUUCGAGGGGGGAAUGGCCACGUGUUUCGCGUAUGGUCAAACGGGGGCUGGAAAGACGCAUACCAUGGGGGGCGAGUUCAAAGGCAAGCAGCAGAACUUCAAAAACGGCAUCUACGCUUUAGUCGCCGCUGACGUCUUCAAAUUCCUCUGCCAACCUCCUCACUGUGAUAAGAACCUGGUGGUGUCGGCAAGCUUCUUCGAGAUCUACGGCAAAAUCGCUUAUGACCUCCUUGCCAAGAAGCAACGACUGAGGGUGUUAGAGGAUGGUAAACAAGUGGUGCAGGUGGUGGGUCUCACCGAACGCACCGUCAACAAAGUCGACGAUAUUAUGGACUUUAUUAAGAAAGGUAGUCUGGAGAGGACGUGGGGACAAACGUCCGCUAACGCCAACUCGUCGAGGUCCCACGCCGUCUUCCAGAUAAUCCUUCGUCGGGCUAACACCAGACAACUAGAAGGCAAAUUUUCUUUGAUUGACUUGGCCGGGAACGAACGUGGUGCUGACAACUCCAAGUCUAACAAGCAGACGAGGAUCGAAGGCGCCGAUAUUAACAAGAGUUUGUUGGCGCUGAAGGAGUGCAUCCGAGCCCUCGGGAAAAAAGGGAAACAUUGUCCGUUCCGCGAGAGCAUUUUGACGAAGAUCCUGCGGGACUCGUUCAUCGGGGAGAAGUCCAGGACGUGCAUGAUCGCGCUGAUUUCGCCAUCAGUGGGGUCCGUAGACCACACGCUCAACACUCUGAGGUACGCAGACAGAGUCAAGGAAUUAGUAGCCAACGAUUUCUGCUCCGGGGAGUCAGAGGAAAGUCAAAACGAUAUGGACCUCCUCUCCAUGGAGGACGAGCUUUUGGAAAACAGCAGAAACGUCAUCGACAGUUGUGUCUACUUCCACAAGAUGGCUUGCCAGUUGUACGACAGCAGCAAGCAGGCGGGGUACAGUAAGUAUGAGUUUGCCAAGAACUGGAAGAAUUUGCUGAGGGAGAUGAUUGAUGUGCAGAAGAUUGCCUACGUUAAGGCGGCGGAGUUUUGCGAGAUGUUGGAAGAUGAAGCUUGAUUGUGA